CCAGGAGGCUUCCGGGCUGCCCCAGCAGCACAACGAAGCUCCGAGAGGCCAGCCGCUGCCCUUUUGGCUCUCGAGGCUGGGCUCGAGAGACGGGCCCUCGCCGGCCGAAGCCUCGCGCGGGCGACCACCGCUGCCAGGCGCAGGCCCAGGGCGCCGCUCGAGCCCGCAGCCCGACGCCCCGCUCUGUUCCACGCGGGCCAUGCCUCCGGCGCUGCCGGAGAUCGAGGGCGCCCUGGCACGCCUGGAGCGCCUCCAGAGGGCCUGGGGCGACCCAUCGGACGACCAGAGCGCCUUCCGCCGCGGGCUGCGCGCGGAGCUGCGAGCCCACGCCCUCGCGAGGGACGCGCUCGGGGCCUGCCACAGCGACCCCGCCGGCGGCGGCGGCCGGUGCUGCGCCGCGGGCGCGGGCUGUGCGGACGCGCGGAGUCCGCAGCCAGACCUGCCGGUGGCGGGCGAAGGCUGGCGCCGUCACGGCAGCAGCUGUCUCGACCACUCGGCCAGCGGGGACGGCACGUGCUCGACUGGCGAGGAUUCGUGCUCGCCGCGGUCGCCGUCUCGGGCGUACAGAGUGGGCCCGCAGGAGCCUCCUGACAGCUCCGGGUUGAAUCAUGACCGCGAUGGGAUUGAUGAUUCGCAUGCGGUGGACGACGACACCAGAAGUGAGAUCGAAGUGUCAAGGCCAAGCAAGCGGAAACACACAAUGACCAAAUCACCGACGAUGGAACUUGCGAUGUCAAUGGAGAUAGACGUACCUUGGAGCGUGGGUUCAAUAAGGCAUACUGCCUGGAAGUUGGUCCAUGGCGGUCAUGGGUUCGAUGCGGUUAUGGGCAUGGUCAUAGUCGCCAGUGCCAUAAGUGUAGGCCUGGAGAUCCAGUGGGACAUCCAAGGUAGAGAGGACCUCACGAGCGUUCUGCACGCGCUCCAGCAUGUGUAUUUGGUUAUCUUCGUGAUCGAGCUGCUAAUCCGCGCUGUGGCGGACGGUAAGAUCAUCGUGCGCAACCAGUGGUUCCAGUUCGAUGCCGUUGUGGUGGCCACGGGAGUUGUGACCUCUUGGAUCUGUGCGCCCAUCAUGGAGUUCGCUGGUACCGACCAGAGUUUCCUCGGCAUCUUCUCCAAAUUGUUGAUUGUUCGCACACUGCGCCUCCUGCGCCUCGUGCGCGCCUUCCGCCUGAUGGAGGAGUUCCAGGACAUCUGGAAGCUCGUGUCGGGCCUGGGGAGCUCUUUGCGGACCGUGCUCUCGGCGGCCCUCCUGAUAGUGCUUGCAAUCUACGUGUUCGCCUGCGCCGGCGUCGAGCUGAUCACGAGAAACGAUACUUUGCUACAGGAUCCAGAAACUGCGAGCGUGGUAGAAAAUCAUUUCAGGACGGUGCAGCUAACGAUGCUUACGUUGUUCCGGUUCACCAAUGCGGAUUCCAUCUCGUCAAUCUAUACGCCUCUUGUGAGUAAGGCGUGGUAUUUGGCAUUCUACUUCGGUGCAUUAUGGCUCACGGUCACUGUGUCGCUGAUGACAUCCGUGGCUGCUGUGAUUGUCGAUAAUGCCAUCGCUCGAGGUGGCCAGGACAGGGAUAUGAGGACGCAUUGUUUACGGAAGAAGCUGAAGGCCCUGACGCCCUACAUCAAUUCUAUUUUUUCUCAAUUGGAUUUGGACGGGGACGGGGUUUUGCAGUUGAGCGAGGUCAUGGCAGGACUCGAGAGAUUCGAAGGUCUUGAGACUUUGCCAGACGACCUCCAAAAGCUAUUGGUAUCGGACAACCUUGUCGAUUUGUAUGAGUUUCUCGAUUCGGAUGGGUCCGGUAUGGUUGAUCGAGAGGAGUUCUUCGAUGGAGUUUGCCAUUUGGCACUCGAGAGCGUUCCAAUCGAAACUACCCAAACGCUGCAGCUCCUGCGAUCGCAGCACAGGGCCCUGGAGCUGAUCAGAGACGUGACGUGCCUCCAGGGAAACCAGGCUGUACUUGCAGCCGACCACCCGCAAGGAGCUGAAACCCUGAGUGUGAUGGUUGUUCCAAAGUUUCGGAUAAGACGGGAUGAAGAUUCCGUCGGGGCGGUGACCAUAAAGCCUAAAGUAUUCAGCAUUCCCUUGGAGUCGCCAUUAGAGACGCCAUGCGCAGUAAACUCGGGCAUCUCCAUGUCAGUACAUCCGGAGUUGUGACCGGUCACCGCAUGCACCGUUCCGAGACGAGCAUGGACGUUUACGGUCAUUCUCAUCUUUCCGCAGUCUAACAGAGUGGGGUGCGGAGGGAGCAUCGAGAAGGUGCUUGGGAAUAUUGAUCGACGAUGCCAUGCCUCCUUGUAGUCACGCAGCGCAGCUAUUCUGUUUCGUUGUGCGUGACGGCGUGUCAGAGUGAAGGGUUCAUCCGGUUCGACAGUGACCUCGGACGCUAGGUUGAGACGGUGUCAGGGAUCGGUUGAUGGGCCAGGUUCAGAUCGUGUUUUUCUCAGGAAAAAAUGCUUGUCUCCGAUCUUCGACAAUUUGAGCAUUUAUCUUUACAUCGGCCUCGGCAGUGCUGUCUCCUCCUCUCAUCCCCUCCCCUCCUUUCUUGAUUAUACUUCUCUUCUCCUCCUCCCAGCCGGUACCAUGUCGGACCAGGCCUUUGGGUUCCCUAUAUCGUCGGCGCAGCAAUGUUCUUGUCAGCUAAAUAGCUGAACGACGUUGGUGGCUUUCGCAUCGACAGGUAACGGUGUGGGUUUCACGGAUCACCCGUCCACCCGCCCCCUUUCAGGCCCAUUUUGGGCCCAAGGUUGGCGUCAUUAUGCUUGAUUUUCCCUAGUGCGGUAGAGUUGGAUCUUAAUUUCAAGGCUCACACAUUACCGAAUUCACGCUCUGCUCACUUUGAAGCCAGAUAUUGCAAAAGAUGCCAAUGCACGCUGUGGAACUCCCGCGAAAGGAUUUGUUUGGAAAACG